AUGAGUGGUAGUUCAUGUGAAGAUAAAUUAAAAGAUCUGAAUUUAUCAAAUGAUGAAUUAAAACGUUUUUCUGAUGCAUUCAAAAAUGAAGAAUUUCGUAAAUUAUUUGUUGAAUAUGCUGAAGAAUUAAAUGAUCCAAAAAAUCGUGAAUUAUAUGAGCAAGAAAUUCGUGCUGUUGAAGAACAACGUGGUUCAGAUGUUACAUUUAUACAUCCUAAACCUGGUCAUGUACUUAAAACAACAAUAAAUAGUAAAAAUAAAUGUUUUAUUAAUAUAGCAACAAAUGAACAUGUUGAGAAACCAUCAUAUAAUAAAAUGACGGAAACAAAUGGUAAACAAGGUGUACAAUGGAGUUUACCACAUUGUUUAGCUGGUCCACAUGAAGAUGUUGAUCAUGAAUCAAAACCAUGUACGACUUACGAUGUUAUUUUUUCACCAGAUACGUAUAGAAUGGCCGAAACAAAUGCAAAAUUUAUGAAAAUGGUUGAAGAUUCAGCAUUAGAUUCAGUUGAAAAUAAUUUUCAUUGUAAACUUGAUAGAAAUAAUAUUAAAAAAUUAAAAAUGAAAUUUAAAGGUGUCCCAAAAGCAACUAUUAUUAGAAAAAAGAAAGAAAAUCAACAACAGGAAACAAAAAAUGAUACUGAAAAUGAACUUAAACAAGAGAGGUAA